GUCCUUAUCGAUAAGAAGGCGGAGAGCUAGCCAUGUGCCCUAAGCCCUAUCCGUGACCGUUGAUGGCAGCCGGGGUACAUUGCGGCAUGUAGACGUCAUACAAAAGCAAUCGAGCCGGAUUCUCCAGGCGAAAUCGACCGGACCUUAGCUUGUAUUAAUUCAGACUGCGGGGAUGUUCUUCUGACUUAACCAAGUCAGAUGAGUUAUUAUUGCUAUACCUGAAGACAUAGUGCUACGUCAAUAAAUAACCGCUUUUGCUACAAGGUCUACUAGCUGCUUCAGUACUACAACCACGAACAUGCCUGCCAAUACACGCAUUCAGUCUUCGGCUUCAAAGCUUCAUAAUCUGCUCGUACCCCGGCCUCCAACUCCGUGUCUGCUUCCACUGCGCUCUAUCUGGCAGCCGGCUGCGAUCCAUACCCCAAGAAGCGUGCAAGCACGCCUAAACAGCGGCCUAGGCAAAGACUGGAAGGGUACUGGGGCGGAGGAUCAUGCAGUUGAUCGAACACAGAAGAAUGAUACCACGGACCCAACAACAGAUGCAUCAGCUUCUGUUAUGCAGGACAGGAAGGAGGGCGAGGGUAACGACGCAAAACCUCAGGGAGCAACAGAAAAGGGAGGUAGCCAGCAUGGAAAGAAGGCGAAGCAGGAACAUCCGAAGGCACCGGAGCCGAUCAUUGGGAUGAACGAUGAGAGAGGUCAUAAGGGUCACUAAGCCCAGGGUUAUUCAUUGGUAAUCGAAAAGCUCAAAG